AUGAUCAAAUAUUCAGAGCAUAAGUAUGAGAUUGUGAAGAGGCUGGAAGCUAGGAAACAUGUUUGCUGGAUGACUGGAGAUGGAGUAAAGGACGCGCCUGCUCUGAAGAAGGCAGACAUCGGAAUUGCAGUGGCCAAGGCUACUGAUGUAGCCCGGGGAGCAUCCGACAUUGUCCUGACAGAGCCAGGAUUGACUGUGAUAGUGCGUGCUGUGUUAACAAGCAAAGCCAUUUUCGAGAGAAUGAAGAAUUACACCAUCUAUGCAGUGUCUAUAACCAUCCGUAUUGUGCUGGGUUUUCUGCUCCUUGCUCUAAUUUGGAAAUCUGAUUUUAUUCCUUUCAUGGUUUUGAUCAUUGUCAUACUUAAUGAUGGGACAAUCAUGACUAUUUCCAAUGACAGUGAAACCACCUCCACUUCCUGA